AUGAGAUUUUUCGCUAUUCUAGCGACUCUUGGAGUUGUUGCUAGUCAAGGAGUAGGUUGCGCUUCGCAGCCUUGUCAGAAUGGGUGUACUUGUCAGCCAUCGUGUAGGGAUGAAAAUGACUACGUGUGCGUUCCACCAGCAGGACAGCCUUUCGUGGGCAAGAAUUGCGAGUGGCGAGCACAGGUCUUUUGCCGGGCUGAUUCGACUAUCUCCAUCCGCGUGCCAGAACAAGCAGUUGCUCAGUAUGCACAGGGUAUUGACUCCGUCAUGGUGCAGGGUUGCCAAGAUCCGCUCUUUUUGUGCAACGGCAACGGUAAUCGACAGCAAUCUUGCGGCCCUGCGACGCAAUCUAACAACGGUUUCUUCGAUCUGACGUGUCCCAACCGGCCUUCGCAGCUGAACGCGGCCACCGGCGAAAUCGUCUUCUCCGAGACAUUUGUUUUCGAUCGUCUCUCAGAUAUCAUCUCAAUGCCACGACCCAUCAUCAAGGUCGAUUGUGCAGUUCGAACGGAACCUGCCAUCGGACGAAUCACUCCUGAAUUCCGCGAGGAGAAUGUCGUUAACCAGAUGAUUGUCUGGCAGCCAAUCUUCAACUUCUACAAGACCGCCUGGGGAGUAACACCCGCUAUCUCAGCUACACGAGUUCCCAACUCUCUCAGCGUCAACUACGUCAUUGGUGAACGCAUUCACGUCCAGUUGACCGCUGGGGCGAACAUGGCCACAGGAGUGCACAGCAUGGCUCUUGGUGAUUGCUUCGUUCAACCAGUCCAGAACGGCGUCGCCAGCAGCUCUCCCUCUAUCCAAAUUAUCACAAACGGUGCUGUCGUCCCCGGCGUCGAUUUCCCCGUCUCCGUCGCACAGGCGACCGGCCAGAUCGGAAAUGGAAUUCCAGCCACUGCCCAAGGUGUGGCCUUCAGUUUCCAGGUCUUCACAUUCGGCGCUGGUCUUGAAUUUCAGCUCACCUGCACGGCUUCGAUCGAUGGCGUGUCUGGCAGGCGACGUAGAUCCGAAGACAACAACUACAACUUCUCCCAGAUGAUUGUGUUCAUUCCGAUCGCAGCUGAUGUCGACCCAGAUUUACCUGUUGUGCGAAUGGCAGUUGAAGAGACUGAGGACGAAAUCAUCGACGAAAUCAUCGAUGACGUGAUUGACAUCAUCGACACUCUGCGCAACUUCUCCCAGACUGUUCUCGACAACAUGACCACCACGGAAAUCACUGAAAUGAAGCAGGAGCUCUCCCCCCGACUCGGCAACAUUCUCAACUACUACGACGAGUACGAAGAUGAAGAGGCAGAAAAUGUUUGGGAAAUUGAGAUUGCAGAAGGCGAACUCAUCUACCAGACGAUUCCGGCAUGGGCCAAGUUCACCUCUCUCGCCUUGAUCUUCUGCAUCACGAUCAUGAUCAUCAUCAUCCUCCGCCAGCGACGGCUAAUGCUCAUGAAGAAACUCAUCGACGAACAGUACCAACCAUUUGACAACAAAAGCCUACUCGACUAG